GCGUCGAUCCGGCACGGGGACAAAUCUCUACGGUCCUCUCGUUCCCGCUAUAAAACUAUCGGCGCCGCGGGGCGAGGCUCGCCUAGUCGUCAUUCCGCGAGCGCACCGCCGGCCGUCCGCCCGCCGACCGUUCCUCCGUUCGCCAUGGACCCCUACAAGUACCGGCCGUCGAGCUCCUUCAACGCCCCGAUGUGGAGCACCAACUCCGGCGCGCCCGUCUGGAACAACGACAACUCCCUCACCGUCGGAUCCCGAGGUCCGAUCCUGCUGGAGGACUACCACCUGGUGGAGAAGAUCGCCGACUUCGACCGUGAGCGCAUCCCGGAGCGGGUGGUACACGCCCGGGGCGCCAGCGCCAAGGGCUUCUUCGAGGUCACCCACGACGUCUCCCACCUGACCUGCGCCGACUUCCUCCGCGCGCCGGGGGUGCAGACCCCCGUCAUAGUGCGCUUCUCCACCGUGAUCCACGAGCGCGGCUCCCCCGAGACGCUCCGCGACCCGCGCGGCUUCGCCAUCAAGUUCUACACCCGGGAGGGCAACUGGGACCUGGUGGGCAACAACUUCCCCGUCUUCUUCAUCCGCGACGGCAUGAAGUUCCCGGACAUGGUGCACGCGCUCAAGCCCAACCCCAAGACCCACAUCCAGGAGAACUGGCGGAUCCUCGACUUCUUCUCCCACCACCCGGAGUCGCUCCACAUGUUCACCUUCCUCUUCGACGACAUCGGCGUGCCCGCCGACUACCGCCACAUGGACGGCUCCGGCGUCAACACCUACACGCUGGUGAACCGCGCCGGCAAGGCGCACUACGUCAAGUUCCACUGGAAGCCCACCUGCGGCGUCAAGUCGCUGCUGGAGGAGGAGGCGGUCACGGUGGGCGGCACCAACCACAGCCACGCCACCAAGGACCUCACCGACUCCAUCGCCGCCGGCAACUACCCGGAGUGGACCUUCUACAUCCAGACCAUCGACCCGGACCACGAGGAGCGGUUCGACUUCGACCCGCUGGACGUGACCAAGACGUGGCCCGAGGACGUGGUGCCGCUGCAGCCCGUGGGGCGGCUGGUGCUGAACCGCAACAUCGACAACUUCUUCUCGGAGAACGAGCAGCUGGCCUUCUGCCCCGGGAUCAUCGUCCCCGGGGUGUACUACUCGGACGACAAGCUGCUGCAGACGAGGAUCUUCUCCUACUCCGACACGCAGCGCCACCGGCUGGGGCCCAACUACCUGCUGCUGCCGGCCAACGCGCCCAAGUGCUCCCACCACAACAACCACUACGACGGGCUCAUGAACUUCAUGCACCGCGACGAGGAGGUCGACUACUUCCCCUCAAGGUUCGACCCCGCCAAGCACGCGCCCCGCUACCCCAUCCCCUCCCGCACCCUCAACGGCCGCCGCGAGAAGAUGGUGAUCGAGAAGGAGAACAACUUCAAGCAGCCCGGGGAGAGGUACCGCUCCAUGGACCCGGCAAGGCAAGAGCGAUUCAUCAACAGAUGGAUCGACGCGCUGUCGGACCCCCGCCUCACCCAUGAGAUCAAGGCCAUCUGGCUCUCCUACUGGUCUCAGGCUGACAAGUCUCUCGGCCAGAAGCUCGCGAGCCGUCUCAGCUCCAAGCCGAGCAUGUAAGAUCAGUCCAUGGAGUGCGCAAAUCAGAAAUCUGCUUCAGGGCCGUCCAAGUUCUUCCCUCUUAUCGGCAAAGAAUUACGUACCAAAUGCUGCAUCUACCUACUUCAUUUUACUGAGCCUAUUUUGAAAAGAGGACAUACAUAUGAUUCUACCACACGUUAUGCGCAUUGUCGUCCGUCAUUCAUGUAAUAAUUUGUACAAGAGCCCGUUUCUCCUGAUACUUCAUGAUUAUUGUAAAGUGAAUGCAUCUUGAUUAAUGAACCAAAUUAAGAAUAAGUUGAAGAGUAUGUAUACCAAUAA